UCCUUCCCCAAGAAGAACUCAUCACCCUCCAAGAGAAUAUUACCAAAAAAAAAGCACGUAGACGCAUCAACUCUUACUGUCGUUAAUUUUUUCAAGUAAACAAAACAUCGAUCACCUACACAAUCGUUUCUGUUUCACACUCAACCCACCAUAAUACCUAGUACUCUUGGAAUCCCGAUACACUGGAAGACACUUUUGGUUAUCAGAUAAUCAAUCGAUAAGGUAGACAUCAACAAACCAAAGCCAUGAAGCCAUUCGCUACUCUUGCAGCAACAGUUGCUGCUAUCGCAGGUAUAACCAGUGCUCAGGUUACCUAGUCAGUCCCCCUUCCAUAAACUAACACUCUAAAUAUCAUCCUCAUUCAUAAGUGUCACCUUAGCUAAUAUCACUAUAGUAACUCGACCACUGGAACCUUCUCAUGUCCUAUUGCCAAUGGUGCUUACUGCGCGAGUCCAUCCCUCGGCGGACCUAUUAUCAUUCGUUGUACCAACGGCAUUGGUCAACCAGGGAACUGUGACGAUAAUCUUGCAGGUUAUUUUCCUUAUGGUGUGAAUUAUUCGCCAUGUUGGGAGACUAGUGAUAAGAGCGGUGAUGCUGCUUGUUCUAAGAAGUAUGUUUUAUCUUGUCCUACUCAUUUCGCAUCAUAUUUUCCUCCCCUUAUCAAGUCUUUUACCUUCUAUAUCACUUGAUUAACAUCAUAAUAGCUGUAUCGUCCAAGGUGGCUCUGGAAACUUCAACGGUACAUUCACACUCCCAAAUUGCACCCCCAUUCUAGACCCAUCCGCAACCUUGACUCCGUCAAUCUCCUCGCCCACCACUUCUCCUGCCGUCUCAACCAACUUUGUUGCCACCCCAUCAUCGGGUCUAAGCACUGUCAUCCUAUCAUCCGGCAGCGCGGUCGAAACUGGUGGCUCAGGAAGCGGAUCCGGAGGUGGCUCUGGAGGUGGAUCUGGAGGUGGAUCUGGAGGUGGAUCUGGUGGAUCUGGAAGUUCUGGUGUCCACAACGGAACAACUAGUGGUUUAGGAUCCAGUGGGAGUGCAACUGCUACACCCGUAGGACCAAGUAAAACAGCUACUGGAACUGGAGCGCCUGAGUAUACGGGUGCUGCUAAUGCUGUUAGCGCAGGUGGACUGGCAGCUAUGGGAGUUGUGCUUGCGUGGUUCCUAUGAUUUUCUUUUUUAUGAGUAAUUGGGAACGAAGGCUGGGGUAUAAGAACGAGAGAUUUGAAGAUAUGAUACACUCCUUCUGAUGGCGUUAUUUAUGAAGGGGAGGACUUUUUGGCUCAUGUUUUACACAGUUUUGGACGAUGCUUUUGGAACACAUACAUACAUAUACACCUAUGAUGGAUUAUGGAUGAUAUACUAUGACUUUACAUGAGUUAAUAAACUCCCUCUAAGAAUAAUUUAUCUGGAUUGGGAUGAGAUGGACGAGAUGGGCGGAGAAUUUUUGGCAGCAGGUUCUAUAAUACAAUACUUUCUAAUUGUAUGUAUGAGUAUGUAAUGUCACUAUUGGGAAGUAAAUGUUAAUAUUGGGAAGUAAAUGGAACGCAGGGAGGGAUAUGAGAGGAGAGAGGGGAUAGAUAUUUAAUCAGAUACCGUUAAAGGAGAUGGAACAGAGAACAGAUGCAGGGGGAUGUUCACAGGAUGAAGGGAUUGAGGAGAAUAAUAUGUUUUAGUAGCUGAUUCUAUUGCUCA